UUUAUAUGAUUACUAUAUAAUACUAUUAAUAAGAGCUAGAGAGAGAACCACCGUUCAAACCUUGAGCCUUCUCCGAUGGAGUCCGCUAUCUCAACUAUGGCCACCACCACAACUAGUCUCUUCACUAUCUCCAAAGCACUCAAUCGCAGCGCCACCUCCUCCACCAACGCCGCUCUCACUCACUGCCUCACCACCUCUCGACUCGUGGAACGGAGACUCAGUCGCAUUUACGGACUCUAUGGACUUCCGAGGUCGGUCUCUUUUGGCGGCUCGGCUUCUUCGUCUUCCUUCCUCACAGCUAGAAUCCCAUUCGCGGCCGAGAAGUUUCCACUGCGGCGCCGUUUUGCUGCCUCGUUUUCGUCCGGCGGUGGCAACGACGGACACGGCGGUUCCGGAGACGGAGAAGGUGGUGGCAGUGGAUCUGAAGGCGGUGAUUCGAAGGCGAAAUUGGCCGCUGGUGGAGCUGAGGAAGGUUCGGCUGCCGCUGCCGACGUCAUUAUUCUUGAUGUUACUGGAAUGACAUGUGGAGGAUGUGCAGCUAGUGUGAAGAGAAUUUUAGAAAGUCAACCUCAAGUGUCAUCAGCUAGUGUUAAUCUCACAACUGAAACAGCCAUAGUGUGGCCUGUUGCUGAAGCCAAGGUUGUGCCCAACUGGCAGCAGCAAUUAGGGGAGGAACUUGCGAAGCAAUUGACAAAUUGCGGGUUUAAGUCUAACCUUCGAGAUUCGGGAGCAUAUAAUUUUCUUAAAGUUUUUGGAAAGAAAAUGGAAGAAAAACAACAGCGCCUUAAAGAAAGUGGUCGUGAGCUUGCAUUCUCUUGGGCUUUAUGCGCCGUUUGCCUUUUCGGUCAUGUCUCUCAUUUAUUUGGAGCUAAGGCUGCAUGGAUCCAUGCAUUUCAUUCUACUGGAUUUCAUCUGUCCUUGUCUUUGUUUACACUGCUUGGUCCUGGCCGGAAACUUAUUCUCGAUGGCAUGAAGAGUUUAUUUAGAGGUGCUCCAAACAUGAACACUUUGGUCGGUCUUGGGGCUUUAUCAUCGUUUACUGUCAGCACAUUAGCUGCCUUUAUACCAAAACUGGGUUGGAAGACAUUUUUUGAGGAACCAAUUAUGCUAAUAGCAUUUGUCUUGUUGGGGAGAAAUCUUGAACAGAGAGCUAAAAUUAAAGCAACAAGUGAUAUGACUGGGCUCCUCAGUAUUUUACCAUCAAAAGCUCGUCUUCUGCUAAAUAAUGAUGAUAAAGAAUCAGGUUCAACAGUUGAUGUACCGUGUAACAGUCUCUCAGUUGGAGACCUGAUUGUUGUAUUACCUGGAGACCGUGUUCCUGUGGAUGGCAUUGUGAGAGCUGGAAGAAGCACCAUUGACGAAUCAAGUUUUACAGGGGAACCUUUACCUGUGACCAAACUAACUGGGAGCCAAGUUGCAGCUGGAAGCAUUAAUCUUAAUGGGACUCUAACUGUUGAAGUGCAAAGACCCGGUGGUGAGACUGCCAUGGGAGACAUUGUUCGUUUGGUGGAAGAAGCCCAAAGUAGGGAAGCUCCUGUACAGCGCUUGGCUGACAAGGUUUCAGGGCAUUUUACAUAUGGAGUAAUGGCUCUUUCUGCUGCUACCUUUUUAUUUUGGAGUUUAUAUGGUGCACGAGCUCUACCUGCUGCGUUAUUUCAAGGAAGUUCAGUUUCAUUAGCACUGCAGCUUUCUUGCAGUGUUCUGGUGGUUGCUUGUCCAUGUGCACUAGGCUUAGCCACGCCAACAGCUAUGCUGGUAGGAACUUCAUUAGGAGCAACAAGAGGUCUGCUUUUGCGUGGUGGGAAUAUUCUAGAAAAGUUUUCAAUGGUCAACUCUAUUGUGUUUGACAAAACAGGGACUUUGACAGUUGGUAGACCUGUUGUCACAAAGGUUUUGACGCCCAGUAUACAACAUUCAGGCCAUUUUUUGUCAGAAGCUGAGAUUUUAAAGUUAGCUGCUGCUGUGGAAGCAAAUACAGUUCAUCCUGUUGGCAAAGCUAUUGUAGAUGCUGCUCGAGCUAUUAAUGCCCAAUAUGUGAAGGUAGCUGAUGGAACUUUCAUGGAAGAACCUGGGUCUGGUGCUGUUGCAACCAUUGACAACAAAAAGGUGUCUGUUGGAACCUUGGAUUGGGUUCAGAGGAAUGGGGUUAUUGGGAAUCCCUUUCAAGUAGAAGAAACCAUUAAGAAUCAGUCUGUUGUCUAUGUUGGAGUUGAUAACAAUCUAGCUGGCCUUAUUUAUUUUGAGGAUCAGAUCAGGGAAGAUGCUAGACAAGUUGUUGAAUCAUUGUCCAGACAAGGAAUUAAUGUAUAUAUGCUCUCUGGGGACAAGAGAAGUACAGCAGAAUAUGUUGCAUCUGUCGUUGGUAUUCCACAAGAACAGGUGCUCUCUGAAGUUAAACCAGCUGAAAAGACGAAGUUUAUAAGUGAACUUCAAAAGGAUCAAAAUAUUGUAGCUAUGGUUGGAGAUGGUAUUAAUGAUGCUGCUGCCUUGGCACUAUCACAUAUUGGAAUUGCCAUGGGUGGUGGUGUUGGAGCUGCUAGUGACGUGUCGUCCAUUGUGUUAAUGGGCAAUAAACUCUCACAGUUGCUCGAUGCAUUGGAAUUGAGUAGGUUAACCAUGAAGACCGUGAAGCAAAAUCUUUGGUGGGCUUUUGCAUACAACAUCGUUGGAAUUCCAAUUGCUGCUGGAUUGUUGCUUCCAAUUACCGGAACAGUGCUCACUCCAUCAAUUGCAGGAGCUCUAAUGGGUUUGAGUUCCAUCGGAGUGACGGCUAAUUCAUUGCUUCUGAGAUUCAGAUUUUCCGAAAAGCAGAAACAAAUACACGGAUCAUCUGCGCACAUCAAAACUUACAUAAAUUCUGAUCUUGAAAACCAAAACAAGAAAGUGAAGCAUCCUAUUCCCGAAGCUGGAUGGAAAGGGGCGUGAUGAUGAUAGAUUGCAUAUUCUUUACCUAACCAUCAAUGGAUAGCGCAGAAGUGGAUAAACAGAUGGAGAUUCAAUCAUUUUAAACGGGACAACCAGAUCAGAAGAGGUAACUCCAUAAGUUGACAAACCCUUUUUGUUUGUUUAGUGCCAAGCAGCAGAAGUGGAUAAACAGAUGGAAUCCAAUCAAUUUAAAAAAGGAGAAUCCAACAGUCAUUUCUCUAUAAGAUCUAAAUAAGGAUUAGAAGAAAUCCAAACAAUUUUUUUAACUUAGUAGAUUAACACCAUUUGGUUUUAUAGGUCUCUGCACAUAGUUUCAGGACUCUCUUAGUUAUUUUUUCUGUAUUUUAGUUCCACUCGCAAGUCUUUACAGCAUUAUUUCGGAAAUGGUCCGCGCAGUUAACAAUAAACUUUUAUGCUCAAAUUUAACAUUUUCAGGCCA